AAAUUGAAUAAUACUUCGCGGCUUUCACUCUAUAUAUCCUGAUAUACUAUCAAUCAAAUCAUUAUUUAUUACAACGUUUUCAAUCAAAUCAAGUAUUUUGUGAUUACUUUGUGUUUGUUUACAACAAAUCGGUGUUCAGUUUGAAUUGAAUUCAGUAAUUGUUAACUCAUCCAACAUGGCUUUGGCUGGAUUCAGGAAGCAAUUGAAUAAAGCAAACCAGUAUAUGAGCGAAAAGAUCGGCGGAGCCGAGGGAACAAAGUUCACGGAUCAGUUCACUCAUAUGGAAAGGAAAACUGAUUUCACCAAUGAAUUGGUCGAAGAGUUGCUAAACAAGACAAAAGAGUAUUUACAGCCAAAUCCUGCCACGCGCGCAAAGCUUACGGUCAGCUCUAAGAUCAAGGGCUCAAAGACGCACAGUUAUCCUCAACCUGAGGGCACAUUAGGGGACUGUAUGUGUAAAUUCGGCAAAGAUUUGGGCGAAGACUCAUCCUUUGCCCUAAGUCUGAAUGAAAUGGGAGAAGCCUUACGAGAAAUGGCGGAAAUAAAGUAUGCACUCGAAGACAACGUCAAACAAAACUUUUUGGAACCGUUGACUCACAUGCAGUCCAAGGACUUGAAGGAUGUGAUGCAUCACCGGAAGAAACUGGAGGGCAGACGACUGGACUACGACUGCAAGAAACGCAGGAAAGUGAAGGGAACGCAUAUCACAGUCGAUGAGAUCAAAUUGGCUGAAGACAAGUUCGAGGAGUCGUUCAAUUUGGCGUCAAUGGGAAUGCAUAACCUCUUGCAGAAUGAUGUCGAACAGGUCUCGCAAAUCGCAGCUCUUUCUGAAGCCCUCUAUGAAUACCACACUCAGUGCGCCAACAUCUUAGAAAGUCUUACAUCCAGAUUAAUGGAACAGAAGAACGAAUCGGCCAAUAAGAAUCCGGAACCAUAUGUACCGAAGAAGUUGCAUGAAUUGAAUCUAAGCGAAGGCUUAGGUCACGACGAUAUCUCUCCUGGAGCUGAAUCCGGCGGACAAUAUAAUGGUUACCCAGACUUUAAUCAAUUUAAUGGACAGUUUUACAACCCUAUUAGCACUUCCGCUCAUUUACUCAACGGUAAAACCAUUGCCAACAAUCAUCACAACCGUAACAGUAAAUCUCCUACCGAAGCGCCAGCAAAACCCUCUAAUCUAUACUUAGACACGACUAACGCUAACUCAACGAUGCGCUCUCCUAACGCUUCACCACUUCCUUCUCCCGUUCGAUCUCCAGCCCGAUCUCCAGAGUCGCGGACUCCGUGCUGUCAGGCGUUGUAUGACUUCGAGCCGGAAAACGCAAACGAAUUGCCUUUCAGAGAAGGGGAUGUGAUUCAACUGAAGACUCAGAUCGACGACAACUGGUAUGAGGGGACUGUCAAUGGAAAGAGUGGAUUAUUUCCCAUUAGUUACGUUCAAGUGUUGGUACCGAUAGGCCAUUGAGUCAACUUUACAUAUAUGAAAUGCCUAACCAUUAAAUGCUAGCCUUCGAUGUGUUCUAUCGGUCUAUUGGUCGCCCUUUUGGGUAAAUUAUAGUUAAUUUCAAUUUCAUUCAACACAAGUUAACUAUUUUUCAAUUACAUUUAAGACAUUCAGUUAAUGCAUUCAUACCAAAGAUAAUUGAGUUUUGAAUUAUCUAUAGUUUUGUCACAAAGACCUGUUGUUUUGCUCAGUAAUUACCAAAUUGUUAUUCAAACAAUUAUUGUUAUAAUUUAAGUCACUU